GAGAGACCUAAAGUCAAAACGAUAUUUCUCAAACGAAACGUCAGCGUUUAGCCCCAUUUAUGUUCUCACUCUUUUCUAUAUAAAAAGAAAGGUACUCUAGCUCGCUUAAUUGUUCGAAACAAAGGGAGUGAGAGAUGGAGAGAUUAUCAGGAGAGAAAGAGCAGAGCGUAGAGGCGUUUGGAUGGGCCGCGAGAGACUCCUCAGGCCAUCUCUCUCCCUUUGUCUUUUCUAGAAGGAAAACAGGAGAAGAGGAAGUGAGAGUGAAGGUGUUAUAUUGUGGAAUAUGUCAUAGUGAUCUCCAUUGUCUCAAGAACGAAUGGCAUUCCUCUAUUUACCCUUUGGUUCCUGGUCACGAGAUUAUUGGAGAAGUGAGUGAAAUAGGGAACAAAGUAAGUAAAUUCAAUCUUGGAGACAAAGUCGGUGUGGGAUGCAUCGUAGAUUCCUGCAGAACUUGCGAGAGUUGCCGAGAAGAUCAAGAAAACUACUGCACAAAAGCAAUCGCAACCUAUAACGGAGUUCACCACGAUGGAACGAUUAACUACGGUGGAUACUCCGACCAUAUCGUCGUCGAUGAACGUUACGCUGUCAAAAUUCCACACACAUUGCCUCUAGUUUCGGCCGCACCUUUGCUUUGUGCAGGCAUCUCGAUGUACAGUCCUAUGAAGUACUUCGGAUUGACCGGACCGGAUAAACAUGUCGGAAUCGUGGGGCUAGGUGGUCUUGGACACAUUGGUGUGAGAUUUGCUAAAGCAUUUGGGACAAAAGUCACGGUGGUUAGUUCGACCACUGGGAAAUCUAAGGAUGCUCUUGACACUCUUGGAGCUGAUGGAUUCUUGGUUAGUACUGAUGAAGACCAAAUGAAGGUACGUAAUCUUAAACCAUUCAUUAAUUAUGCGAAUAAAACGUAAAAAACGUUAUCAGGUUUCAACUUUAUUUAGGCUGCAAUGGGAACUAUGGAUGGCAUAAUUGAUACAGUUUCUGCAUCGCAUUCGAUUUCACCUUUGAUUGGACUACUCAAAUCCAACGGUAAACUUGUUCUACUCGGUGCAACGGAGAAGCCAUUUGAUAUAUCUGCAUUUUCCUUAAUAUUGGGACGAAAAUCGAUAGCGGGAAGUGGUAUUGGAGGAAUGCAAGAGACACAAGAGAUGAUUGACUUUGCGGCAGAGCAUGGCAUAAAAGCAGAAAUUGAGAUCAUAUCCAUGGAUUAUGUGAACACCGCCAUGGAUAGACUUGCCAAAGGGGAUGUUAGAUAUCGAUUUGUCAUUGACAUUUCUAAUACAUUGGCUGCUACUCGAUCUUAAUUAAAGUCGAUGUUCUAUAUGUAUUCAAAAUAAUCUGGAUUUCAAUCCCACAAAACUUAAGGAUAUAUAUAUAUAUAUAUAUAUAGUCUAUUUUAUAUAAAUGGAGUAUAG